UGCCCAGUCAUCCUUGCAGUUAACGUAUAGUUGAGGGUGGCAACGCAGUUUUCAAAUCACGUAUACACAGACUGUAAGUGUUGAGCUCAUAAAUGUACGCUGUGUGUUCUGCAAAAAGAAAUGGCACUGCUGUCUAGAGUAUGCAAGUGGCUGGUGCCGAUCCUAGUGGUACUGUAUGCUGUGUUUUACUGGCAGGUGAUUACCAAUCGGAAGUACUUCACCAACGACGUUAAGCUCAAUGGAAAGACGACCAUUGUAACAGGAGGAAACUCUGGCAUUGGCUGGUGGACAGCUCUUGACUUUGCCCAGCGAGGCGCCCGGGUCAUCCUCGCCUGUCGCAAUCUCCAGAAGGCCGAAGACGCCGCCAAAGAGAUCAAGACGCGUACGGGCAACUCGGAGGUUGUGGUGCGCAAGCUGGAGCUAUCGAGCCUGAAGUCGGUCAGGGACUUUGCUCAACAAAUUAAUGAAGAAGAGAAAAGACUUGACAUUCUAGUUAACAAUGCAGGUCUUUCCCGUUUGAAGCAGCGAUCCUCGGCAACGGAGGACAACUUUGAUCUGGUCUUCGGCGUCAACCACUUCGGCCACUUCCUGCUGACCAAUCUCCUCCUGGACCUGCUGAAGAAGAGCGCCCCCAGCCGGGUGGUCACCGUCUCCUCUGCCACCCAUUAUUUCGCCCCUGAGCCCAUGAAUCUGACUCGCGAGGACCCAGCCGUGGCCAGUUUGCUGUAUCCUCACUUGGAGGGCUACAACAUCAGCAAGGUGGCCAACAUUCAGUUUGGCCGGGAGCUGGCCAGGAGGGAAGCAUCCAGCGGUGUAGUCUCCGUCUCCCUGCAUCCAGGGACCAUCUAUACUCCAAUAUGGAAAAGCCUCAUGACCGCUGAAACAGACUCAGUGUGGAUGAAAACCCUUUACUACACACUGUCUCCGUUAAUGUGGCUGUUCUUCCUUGAUGAAGAAGCAGGUACCCAGACGACCCUUCACUGCGCCCUGGAUGACUCGAUACCUCAGCUCUCUGGAAGUUACUUUGACAACAGCCAGGUGAUGGCGCCCUCAGCGCUCGCUGAGGAUGACGAGCUGGCCCGGAGAUUGUGGCAAGUCAGCUGCGAAGCCACCGGCUUGGAAUGCACCUCAACAAAUUAAUGUUAUUUCUGCUUUGUAGAAGACACAUUCUAGGAAAAACUAUCGGACCGGGCAAUGAAGAGUGCGCGCGCACUGACCAAUAAUGUCGUGACAUUUGGUCGGGUGGGGAUUGUGGAAUAUACUGAUGGAAGUAAUCAUUCUUCCUAUUUGACAUACGUACGUAUCUUAAUUCAUCAAAAAAAAUCAAUUCACAUUGAUUUCAUACAAAUGUUAGUCUAAAAUUUAAUAUGAGUUACAAGAAGCUUGCCCGAAAAUAAUAAAUAAAUGCAUGCGAAAUUAUUUCAAUUCGACGACAUAUAGCCAUAUGAAUUCAACCAUUGAGCACCGUUGACUUUAGGAUUGGUGCCAUUAAGCACAAAUUUGUUUCAAUACACCACCAUACGAGUACCAUUUGAUGUUGCAACCAUUGAGCAUCAUUGAUUUUACCAUUUAACAUCAAUAGUUUCCAUACAAAACCAUACAAGUACUACUUGGUAUUGUUUUUUUUUAUACCAUUGAUCACCAUUGUUUUACCAUUGAUAUCAAGCACCAAUGGUUUCCACACAAAACCAUACGAGUACCAUUUGAUAUUGAUUGUAACCAUUGAGCACCAUUGAUUUUUACCAUUAGUACCACUUAGCACAUUGUUGCCAUACACAAACCAAAUGAGUACCAUAUAAUACUGAUAUAUUAUAAACCACUGAUGAGCACCAUUGAUUCACCAUUGGUACCAUUCAGCACCUAUUGGUUUCUAUACAAUACCAUACGAGUACCAUUUGAUAUUGUUUUAACCAUUGAGCAUCAUGGAUUUUACCAUUGGUGACCAUUGGUUACGUUUGGUUACCAUAUAGCACCAAGGCAAUAGGUUACCAUUGAAACCAUACAGGUACCAUUUGUUAGCCAUUAGUACCAUAGGUUACCAUUGGUUACCAUUUACCAUUGUAAUUUUUUGUAAGGUAAAACUUGACCGAGAGUGCAUAUUUUAAAGGAUGCACUCUCGGUCAAGUUUUACCCCCAAAAAAUGUUUUCUUGUAAUACAAAUGUAUUCACUUUUGAAUUAAUCAUCGAGCAAAAGUGGUAUGGAAUAACUACUUUAAACUUCAAAAAAAUGGAUAUAAGAUAACCUAAUCAGCCCUAGGGCAAAAGUUGAGACAUGAUAGAAUACAACCGUAUGUAUACUAGUGGUAUGCAAAAAUUGGGGUUUUGUUUUCGGACAAAUUCCUCAGUACGCACAUGUGGUUGCGAAAGCCGAUUUAUAAAGGCUACGUAAUACUUUAUUUCGAAUGAAACAACGUGCACACAAAUUGAUGUUCGUGGGCGAAGUUUGAAAAUCAAUUUCUCCCGUUUUGAAGACCGCAUCUUCAUGCAACUUUCAGGGAUUGUUUCCCUUGUUAUGAUGCAACUGUGUGAUAAAAAUCGUUUUGAUGUAUUCAGUGUUUCAGCUGUAA